AUGGUGAAGAGUGGUUUCCAAGAGGAGGAGCAGCUGUGGUUUCUCGGUGUGCUCGACCGGAAGUUUCAAGAGCAGGAAACCGCUAUCCGGGAUUUGCUUCUGUCCAUCGCCCGGCCUGACGUAGGGCAACCGUUUCGUGAGCGAAGGACAGACUUAUCUGUCACCGCUCCGAUGGCUUCGGAUAACAUGCAGAGUCCAAGGUUAAGCUUGGCCCGAGUCCGGGAAGUUCGGGUGACUGCGCUCAGUGAUACAAGUGAUGCAUAUGAAGGCAUGAAGUCAGAAGCUACGCCGCCUGCUGCCAGCCCCAGCAAUGCCUCGGCGUCGGGAACCCCUAACGGGAAGCGGUCGAAGGCUUUGGCACGUGCCAUGAACGACGACCUGACGGAAAAGGAUCCUCCCGCCAAGGCCUUCAUCAAGCAUUCUUUGGAUGCCUACAUGGGUCUCGUGGUGGUUAUAAAUCUCGGGCUCAUGAUCACGAUGGCGCAGUUGUCUGGAGACAGGGCGGACUAUGAGCUACAGCUAUCUGCGUCUCUCCCAGCCAUCCCUGACUCUGUCUUCGAGGUCGCAGACAACCUGUUCUUCAUCAUCUAUAUCCUUGAUGUUCUGGCUCGCAUCAUCGUUCUGCGCAAGGAGUGGUAUUACGACCCCAUUGAGGGAGUGAUGUUCAUGAACAUCUUCGACGCUCUGCUAGUGAUGGUGCAUGCCUUCGAGUUGAUCAUAUUACCCUCGUUGUUCAUCGGUGGAGACAGCGAAAGUGCCAGCAGCAUCCGUGUGCUGAAGCUGAUACGGAUUGUGCGGACGCUGCGCAUUGUCAAGACGGUAAAUAUGUUCCGGCAACUCCGGCUUCUGGUUGGAACUUGUGUGGCUAGCAUGGGGGCCCUGUUCUGGUCCAUGGUGCUGCUGUGCCUCCUCAAGCUGGGAUUCGCCCUGGUAAUUUGCCAAGCCUUGCAAGGUUUCAUCAUGGACGACAGCCAUGACAUGGCCACACGUUUGGAGAUGAACAAUCUCUACGGCAACUUCCUCAAAGCCUUUUACACGUUGUUCGAAAUCACUCACAGUGGCUCGUGGCCCUCGAAAGUCCGGCCUGUCAUCGAAAAAGUCAACGCCUGGUAUGCUGUACUGUUCUGUAGCUACAUAGCCUUUGUAGUUUUCGCGGUCAUACGCAUAGUAACUGCGCUUUUUUUGCAAGAGACGUUGUCAAAUGCGGCCAAUGAUGCCGACAUGCUGCUGGAAAAUAGCCGGCGGUUGGCGAAAGACUACCAGGACAAGCUUGAGGAGUUGUUCCAAGCGGCAGACAACGAUGGUGAUGGGAGCUUGACGCCGGACGAGUUUGUAGAUGCGCUUAGCAUCCCUGGCGUCCAACGCUACUUGACCAUGUUAGAUGUGCGGGUCCAAGAUUGCCGCCCACUUUUCGACAUUCUGGAUGAUGGUGACGGGCAAAUCACAAUAGCCGAGUUCUGCAAAGGACUUAUGCAGCUGAAAGGCCAGGCACGCGCUUUGGACAUUGUCAUGCUCACCAGGGAGAACGCGAAAAUGAUGAAGAUUUGCCAAGAAAUCCACACAGCUCUCAUGCCUACUGGGAAGGUCUUGUGA